AUGUCACUCCCCGGCUCUCCCCCGCUCCUCUCGCCGGGCUCAGGCGCCCCUACUCCGGCCACGCUCUAUCGCUCCGCGCCGGACUCGCUCCUCACCUCCGUCGCCUCCACCGGCACCUCCAGCCCGGCGCACACCAACUCCAACUCCCACUCCCACUCGCACUCUCUAUCUCCGUCUCCUCGGCUCACCAGCAGCAUGCUCAGCGCCUUCCUGCCCGGACCAGGAGGCUCACUGGCCGGCUUGGGGAACGGAGGUGGUGCUGCAGCUUUGGGUCCUCUCGGCGGGCUCGGAUCGCUCACCACAGCCGGCUUGACCCCCGGUUCUCCCGGCUUGGCGCAGACUACUUCUAACCCGGGUCUGUGCAGCGAGUGCAAGCUGGUGGAGGUGCACGGAGUGAAGGUGGCCAGCUUCAACGUGGACGGCCAGGAGCUGAUCUGCCUGCCUCAGGUGUUUGAUCUCUUCCUGAAGCACCUGGUGGGAGGGCUGCACACAGUCUACACCAAGCUGAAGAGGUUGGACAUCUCGCCGGUGGUGUGCACCGUGGAGCAGGUGCGCGUCCUGCGGGGGCUCGGCGCCAUCCAGCCCGGCGUGAACCGCUGCAAGCUCAUCUCCAGGAAGGACUUCGAGACGCUGUACCAGGACUGCACCAGCGCCAGCUCUCGUCCGGGCCGUCCUCCGAAGCGUUGUUCUGGUGCAGGGAUCCAGGAAAGCCCCAGGCUGCUGCACCCGGGCCUCCCCGGCCUGCUGUCCCCCAACCUGCUGUCACACACUGGACUGACGGCAGCAGCGAUGGCUGAGCUCCAGAAGCUUCAGAAGAUGAAGAUGAUGAUGAGUCUCCAGAACGGCAACGAGUCCGACAACGAUGACCUGCACUCCAACACAGGAGGGAGUGAGUGUUCCUGGGAUAAAGAGCGUCUGACCAGCCCCCCUGCUGGAGCCCACAGCGGAGGCCUGGGUGGAGGAGGAGGAGGAUGCGGAGGAGUAUCAGUAGGAGCUGCGGGAGGAGGAGCCGGAGGUGGUGCAGCGGGAGGCGGAGGGAGGGGGCCUGCCAUCGGAGCUGUCAAUCAACAACAACUCCAGCAGCAGCAACAGCUACUUGCUAACAGGUUGGACCUGCCCUUCAUGAUGAUGCCCCACCCUCUGCUGCCCAUGGGGUUGCCGCCCGCCUCUGUCGCCAUGGCGAUGUCGCAGAUGAACCACCUCAACACCAUCGCCAACAUGGCCGCCGCCGCUCAGCAGAUACACACUCAUGUACACCGCGCGCCUGUCAUCAAGGAAAGGGUGUGUGACAGUCCCUCUCUCUCUCCGUCUAUCGAUGAGAGGCUGGUGUCAGUUGAUGCAGAUGUUGCACUGACCAACCCUGCUGCACCCAUUAAGAAAAUAACAAAGGACAAAGAAGAGUCUUCGCUGGGUCAAGCUCUGCCCCCCGGCUUCCCCGCUCCGUUCCUAUUCGCUGACGGCCUGUCGUCAGUGGAGACCCUGCUCACCAACAUACAGGGUCUGCUGAAGGUGGCGGUGGAGAACGCUCGAGUCCAGGACAAACAGAUCCAGGCGGAGAAGAGAGAGCUGAAGAUGGAGCUCUACAGAGAACGAGAGAUGAGAGAGAGUCUGGAACGACAGCUCACCUCCGAACUACAGAGCAGAGCCUCCAUCCAGAAGCGUCUGAAGAAGGAGAAGAAGGCCAAGAGGAAGCUGCAGGAGGCGCUGGAGUUCGAGUCCAAGAGGAGGGAACGAGUGGAGGACGCUCUGAAACACUCGUCCUCGUCUUCCCCCUCUCCUGAGCCGCUGCACGCCGCCAACAACAACAAGAACGACGCUGCUGUAGCCGAGGAUAAACCUGAACUUAAUGGAAACCAGCAAGACAACGGCGCUGUACAAGAAUCCCGGGCGUUUCUGAAGACCCCCAUGAUGUUCUAG